AUGCGGUUGUUUCCAUUGAGCUCGAGUUCGUCGAAGGAGCAGCGUAAAGGAGGCAAAAGUCGUGCUUUAUUGUAUCUCAAUAUAUAUGAUCUCACACCUAUAAACAAUUAUCUUUAUUGGUUCGGCCUUGGGAUCUUCCAUUCGGGUAUAGAAGUACAUGGUUUGGAGUAUGCAUUUGGAGCCCAUGAGUACCCAACCAGUGGGGUGUUUGAGGUGGAACCAAGAAGUUGCCCUGGUUUUAUCUUCAGGCGAUCAGUGCUUUUAGGCAGCAUCGACAUGUCUCCUUCAGGAUUUCGGUCUUUCAUGGAGCAUCUUUCUGGAGAGUAUCACGGGGACACAUAUCAUUUGAUUGCCAAGAACUGCAACCAUUUUACUGAUGAAGUCUGUAUGCGUCUUACAGGGAAGCCCAUUCCUGGAUGGGUAAAUCGAAUGGCCCGAUUAGGUUCUUUUUGCAAUUGUCUAUUGCCGGAAAAUUUUCAGGUUACAGCCGUCAGACAUCUUCCCGAUCAUCAAGCGUAUUCUGGUAAUGGUUUUUAA